AUGGCAGAACGUCUUCGAAUACUUGUCAUUGGCUCCGGUGGUCGAGAACAUGCCCUAGCGUGGAAAUUGGCACAAUCGCCAUCAGUUGAUGUUGUUCAUAUUGCCCCCGGCAAUGGCGGCACUGAUGCGGACAAUAUUGUCAACGUCAAAAUCCCUGUCGAUGACUUCACAGAACUAGUGGCCCAUGCGAAGAAAAAUGGCUUGAACCUCGUUGUUGUGGGCCCCGAGGCGCCAUUGGUGGCUGGUGUUGAAGGGUUUUUUCGUGCAGUCGGCAUUCGUUGCUUCGGUCCAAGCAAAAAGGCUGCACAGAUGGAAGGUUCGAAGGCUUUUUCAAAGGAUUUCAUGCAACGUCAUGGAAUUCCUACAGCCGCCUUCCGCAAUUUCAAUGAAUACGAGUCUGCUUCCCAGUACCUCGACACCGUCGAUCAUGAUGUUGUUAUCAAAGCAGAUGGUUUGGCAGCCGGAAAAGGAGUCAUAAUUCCCACAACCAAGAAGGAAGCACAGGACGCCUUGAAACAGAUCAUGGUGGCAAAAGAAUUUGGCACUGCGGGUUCUCAAGUGGUGAUUGAAGAAUUUCUGGAAGGCGAAGAGUUGAGCGUGCUUACGUUUAGCGAUGGUUACACCAUAAGAUCAUUACCUCCUGCUCAAGACCACAAGCGGGCUCUCGACGGAGACCAAGGUCCGAAUACCGGAGGCAUGGGGUGUUAUGCCCCUACCAGAGUCGCAUCCAAAGAGUUGAUCGCUCAAGUCGAUCGAGAAAUUGUUCAGCCGACGAUUGACGGCAUGAGGAGGGAGGGCAUGCCAUUUGUUGGCUUCCUCUUUACUGGAUUGAUGAUCACCAAAAACGGCCCAAAAGUUUUGGAGUACAAUGUUCGAGGAGGAGACCCGGAGAUUCAGACAUUGCUGCCCCUCCUGAGUGAUGAUACCGAUCUUGCAAAAGUGAUGCUUGCAUGCACUGAACACUGGCUCGAUGGGGUGGACUUGAAGAUUCAAUCUAAGUUCGCAGCAACCGUGGUGGCUUCUGCUGAAGGGUAUCCUGGCAAAUACGCAAAGAACCGUCCAAUAACACUACAGAAGACACCCGAAGACACAUUCGUAUUCCACGCGGGAACGGGCAAGGAUGGCAAAACCAUACUUUCCACUGGUGGAAGAGUUAUUGCCUCAACUUCUACUGCAGAGACAUUAGAAGAAGCAGUUGCAAAAGCCUACAAAGGUAUGGAUACGAUCAAAUUCGAAGGUAUGCAUUUCCGAAAGGAUAUUGGUCAUCGGGCUUUCAAAAGAAAGGAAGAAGCGAAGGCACCCGAGGAAUCGGCAAUGACCUACGCCUCUGCUGGCGUUUCCAUCGAUGCAGGCAAUGACCUAGUGUCUCGAAUCAAAAAGUUCGUCAAAUCAACUUCACGACCUGGAGCGGACGCCAUCAUUGGUGGGUUUGGCGGAGGUUUCAACCUUGUGCAAGCUGGUUAUAAUGAGAAGUCUCCGAUGUUGAUUGGCGCCAUUGACGGCGUUGGUACGAAAUUGAAGAUAGCGCAUGCCAUGAAUGUUCAUGAUACGGUCGGCAUCGAUUUGGUUGCUAUGAACGUCAAUGAUCUGGUCGUGCAGGGAGCAGAGCCACUAAUGUUCCUUGACUGCUACACAUGUAGUAUUUUGGAUGUGGACAUUGCCAGCGAUUUUGUUCGCGGUGUUUGCGAAGGUUGCAAGAUUGCUAAUUGUACUCUGGUUGGUGGCGAAACUGCUGAGAUGCCUGGACUGUUGGCAGGUACUGAAUACGAUGCUGUAGGCGCCGCUAUUGGUGCUCUCGACGUCCCGGCAGGGAAGCGUUUGCUGCCCGACCUGCACAGCAUGGUUGAAGGCGAUGUGCUCCUCGGUCUUGCAUCAAGCGGUAUUCAUUCAAAUGGGUUUUCUUUGGUUCGAAGGAUUGUUGAAAAAUCCCGCCUUAGUUUCUCAAGUUCUGCGCCUUGGAACUCGGAUACUACAGUGGGCAAGUCUCUGUUGACUCCGACACGAAUUUAUGUUGUUUCACUACUAGAAGUUUUGAAGCGCGACUUGAUCAAGGGCAUGGCUCAUAUCACUGGUGGGGGGCUUACUGAAAAUGUUCCUCGCAUGCUUCCCAAAGAACUCUCCGCAGAGAUCGACAUCGCAGCAUGGCCUCGACCAGAAAUAUUUAACUGGCUUCAAAAGGCUGGCAAGGUGAAUAGCCAAGAGAUGAGCCGGACUUUCAAUAACGGAAUCGGCAUGGUCCUUGUCGUAUCAGAAACAGCUUCUGGCGAAGUCAAGAAAGCUCUUGAGGAACAAGGAGAGUCGGUCUUCAAAAUCGGCAGGCUCGUUUCUCGAGGUCAAGACGAGGGGGUUAUCUUGAACAACCUGGACUCCUGGGCCUCAGCAUAG